CCUUCUCCUUCCCUUUUUCUCCCUCUUCUAUUUUGGCCGUCUGGUUUCCUUCAAUCAGCUCCGUGGCUCAAACCCGGUUCCCUGUUCAAAAGCUGUUUCUGAACGCCUCAACCCAGGGCAACUCUUCAAACGGUCCAAAGCUAAAAACGAGCCGAUAAGGUGUCCAACAACGGCCGGACCGGUCCAGGUUUUAAAUCACUGCGGCCCUCACCCAACUACUGAUCUCCCGUUCUUUAUCUACGCAAUUUUCUUCGACCUUACAAAGAAAAUUGUGAGAUUCACAACCUUUGACCUUAAGAUGAAACCCAGAGCACUUGAUGUUCGCAGGCAAAAGAAGAACUUGCCAUUUUAAUAAUGUCGAUGCUUGCUCAUUUGUGUUUGUCUCCUCCCGUACCUGGCUCGUCGCCUUCUGUGGGAAAGUUUUCUUCAGAGACUUAAGAAGAUGAAGAGUCCAGGUAAAAAACCUUUGGUAAGUAGUAAAUUAAUUUUACACUUGUAUUUCUCCCAACUAUAAGAUUAAUCUAAGGGUCAGGAUCCGAAUCCGCUUCCGCGUGGACCCCGUCCUCAUGCUUUUAAAUUGCUUUCUUUUGUGCUCACCAUAUGCGACACUUUCAUUGCUGACCACCCCUCCAAUGGGAUUCCUGACCAAAUGCUUUCGAGGAUUUGCUUCUACUAAAAGACCUUCCGCAACCGUAGAAGAGCUUUCCCACCGCUUCUCUCUUUCCCAAGUUCGAGCAGCAACCAACAACUUGGACGAAAGCCAAAUAAUCGAUGAAGGACGUUUUGGUGAGGUAUACGGAGGUCACAUCUCGAUCGAUGGCCAACCAAUAGAAAUUGCAGUGAAGCAUUUCAAUUCUCGAGAUUUAUUCUCAGCACGUUCUGAAUUCGUCAACGAGAUCCUGUUUAUGUGCCAGCUACACCACCCGAAUCUGGUGUCCCUCCUUGGAUUUUGUGACGAUGAAUUUAAAGAUGAAAUGAUGGUGGUGUAUGAGUUCAUGCAUAAUGGAUCCCUCCACCAUCAACUUCACGAAAGGGAUAGCAACUCGCCAACGCUUUCAAGGAAGACAAGGCUAGAGAUCAGCAUAGGAGUAGCGCGUGCACUACACUACCUUCACGUAGGAACCAAGCGCACCAUCGUCCAUUGUAAUGUGGAACCAAGUAACAUUCUUUUGGACGACCAUUGGAAUCCCAAACUCUCAGGAUUCGGGCUUUCUUUAAAAGGACCAAAAUAUUCGUUGAAGUUAAAGAGGCGUAGGACGUGGAAAGGAUCGCGGGCACGCUCUGUAACAUAUGAAUGAUUUGUUUAUUGGGCUGGGCUAGUUUGGCAAGACUACUUGAACUUAAUAAUGCUUUUGAGAAUUAACCUAUUAAUUUAUGAAAUAAAUCUAUUUUUAAA